UGGAAAUGCUGAACCUUUUGUUAGUUCUCUGCCAUCGACACACUUUGAUCUGCACCAGCAAAAGAUGUCCUCAGACAGUGUCGUGUCAAAACAGGAUGGCGUUGCCAAAUCCCGUAAAGCAGACACAAGAAGGAGGAAAUCACCGGACAGCAAAAGCAUUCUUCUACAAAGUUUAAAUGAAAAAUCUGAUCGACAAAAGGAGAUGCGCAACUUCCUGUCCCUCCCGAUUCACGAAAAGACGACCUAUAGCACCCGAAUGAUGGCAGAGCAGAGGAAAGAGCUUUUCAAGCAGCUAAAGGAGGAAGAAAGUGUGAAUAUGCUAAAGCAAGCCAGGAGUAAGUCAACCCUCCCGAUGCAAACACCUGCAAGGCGUGAGUUGAAGUUGGCCUUGUUGAAACAAACACAAAUUGUGAGAGAAUGUAAACAUGACUUCAUCGCCAUGGAGCGUCAGAAGGCCGUGUUAGAGAUAUCGCUGAUGACAAAGAGGUCAGAGAUAUGUAAAAUGGACAAGGCCAUCGCAAAAGAGCAGAGGCAGCUAAGGGAGCUGGAGAAGCUCAUUGAGAAGGACAAUCAAAGCUUUGAACAGUUCCUGAGAGACAAUGAGAAGAAGUCUAUGGAGGCCCGAACAUUUGAACUUUCCAACUAUGAAGAAACUCUACAAGAGUACAAGAGCUACAAGGAACUUCUUUUGAAGUUGUCUCCACCAGACUGGCAGGAGGCCCAGAAGGCGAAGGUUAUGAAGAAAAUACAACUGAUGGGCAACACUGAGGAUGAGCUGAACAAGGAACCAAUGGACUCAAUGACAGUCAAGCAAGGUGUGGAAAAUAACAGAGGCAGUGCCAGGCUGUCACCUGCAGAGAGCACCAGUGUCUCAAUGCGGCUUGACCCGGAUGCUGACGGUUCAGAAUACGAGGAAGAUCCAGAGUUGUACUUCACUGACCCAAAACAGCUUAUUGAGCUGAUGACGGAGCUAACAGAGCAGAAUCUGUCUUUGAUCAAGAACUCUACAAGAGCUGAGGAAACACUAGAGGAGCUUAAACAGUCGAUGGAGGCCAUCAGAAAGACGACUGAAAAGGAUGAGGCACUCCUAACGCAGCAAAUGAAUGAGAUGAAUAAGAGGAUCGAGGAGGAGAAAGCGAGAGCCGCAAAGCUUAAACAGAAGGUUCAGCUGCAUGUUCUGUUGAACACAGAGGAUGAGCAGGAUGACAUGCUGAGUGCGCUCAGCGAGAAGGUGGCAGAGGUGUAUAGGUGCUGUGUGGACAACAGGGGGAGCAGCCACAGCACCUUGGAGAAACUGGCCAGCAUUGAGAAGCAGAUGUCUUCACUGCUGCACUGCCUGGAUGACAUACCAACAGAAAGCUUGGAAAUGAUGCAGAAGAUCAAGGACAGCGAGAGAAGGACCAGGCAACGUGAAGAAAAGCUGAGGAUGCAAAGAGAGAAACAGGUAGAAAGGAUGAAGAGAUACUUAGAGCGGUCGCUCUCUGAGGCCAAGAAAACUAGUGGACGUAAACUAAUGCCUAGAUGCCUCCCGACUGCCCAGAAGGUGAAAGUUAAAAAAGUGGAAAGUGCUUCUGCUGACGAUGACUUCAAUAACUACUUCUCCACAUCAUUGGACAUACUGUAGGGAAAAAAAGGAACGUGAAAUAGUAUAAUAAUUAUAUUUCUCUGCAAAUGUUUUGCUUCUUUCCACACAUACAAACAAAUUCUUACAAGCUUUAUUAAAUUCAUUUUCAAAUUUCAAAA